ACCCAAUGGUACGUAUCUGUCUUUUCGUGUUUCAAAGAUGAAGGUAAUGUCCCUACUCCUUUUCUUGUCUCAAUCUCUUCACUCUCUCUCUCUCUCUCUCUCUCUCUCGGAUGCGGUCAUUCGAGCAUCAUAUAAUAACACAUGCAAACACCACACGAGACUCUCCUGAAUAGCACUCACUCUCUCCGCAAUGCUCUCUUCACUGUCUGUCGCUCGCUUUCUCUUGUUCCUCCUCAUCUUUCUCGCUCUCCGGCGCCAUGUGAACUCACAACCGCCUAACUCCCUCCCUCCCUCUGAAUCAGAGACUCUCUUCACCAUCAUGGAUUCCAUGUCCUCCGAUCAUCAAUGGCGCCUCUCCUACCCCAACCCUUGCGCCCCUGGCUCCUCUUGGCCCGGUAUUGAGUGCAAAUCCGGACCGGAUCGGUUUUGUCACGUCUCUCGGCUCGACUUCGGCUCUCCGCCCAACCCUUCCUGCAGAUCCUCCGCUUCUUUUCCUCGCCUCAUCUUCUCUCUUCCUCAUCUUCAUUCCGUCUUCUUCUUCAACUGUUUCACUCGCUCCCGUACCUCCAUUGUUUUUCCCUUGGCCAGGCUUUUCUUCAACUCUUCUCUGCAACAGCUCAGCCUCAGAUCAAACCCUUCUCUCAUUGGAUCCAUCCCUCCUGGGAUUUCUUCGCUCAAGUCUCUAAAGAUCCUCACUUUGUCCCAAAACCAAUUUACGGGAAAGAUUCCGACAGGUAUUUUCCAGUUGAGCAACCUGGUACACCUUGACUUGAGCUACAACACGCUCACAGGGAUCAUUCCCCUGCAGCUGGGCAAUCUCAAGAACCUCGAAGGCUUGGAUUUGAGCUAUAAUUCGCUCGUGGGUUCGAUCCCAGCCACGAUUUCCGAUCUGGGUUUGCUCCAGAAGCUCGAUCUGAGCUCAAACUCUCUGUUUGGCGCAAUCCCUGAUGGUGUAGAGAUGCUACAUUCUCUGUCUUUCAUGGCUUUAAGCAACAACAAGCUAAGAGGGCCGUUUCCGAAGGGGAUUUCCAAGCUUCAGAAUCUACAGUACUUCAUCAUGGAUGAUAAUCCCAUGUUUGUUCCUCUUCCUGCAGAAUUGGGAUUCCUCGCUCGUCUCCAAGAGCUCCGUCUCGCGAAUUCGGGUUAUUCUGGGAAUAUCCCGGAGAGUUACACCAAAUUGAUGAAUCUAAGCUCGCUGUCACUGUCGAACAACAGAUUAACAGGCGAAAUCCCAUCUGGGUUUGGCUCUAUGCCUCACAUUUUCCACCUGAAUCUUAGCAGAAACAUGCUGAUGGGCGUCGUACCGUUCGAUUCGAGCUUUCUGAGGAGGUUGGGUAAGAACUUGGAUUUGAGCGCGAACUCGGGGCUGUGUCUGGAUCCGGCAGAUGAGUUCAGCCUCGUGAAGACCGGCGUCGAUGUCUGUGGGAGGAACAAUUCGGGUCGUGGUGGGUCGCUGAUUCAUCCAUCGAAGAAAUCCGAAGCUCCUUCAACAAAUCACUACAGAUUCUGCUUCUGCGUUGCUUUGUUGUUUCAGUUUGCUCUGUUUCUGGGUUUGCAUAAUAAUCGGUUGCCUCUUUAAGGGGGGGGGGGGGGGAA